AUGGACAAUCAGAUGUACAUGAAGAAGGUAAACUCUGCAAUCCCUUACAUGUCUGAAGCUCUUGACCCUCUUGACAAAGAAGAAUUCAAGAGAGUUUUCUUCAAUGCUCAGCCAAAGCCUUGGAAGGACGCCUUCCUGGAGAUCAACGGUACCAUCGACAGCCAUUCCGUUGCCAGCAUCACUUCCUACAUGCAUCACAAGGCUCGACAAGCACACGACAAGGAAUUGAAGAAUCAACUCCACCAGAAGAUAGAAUCCAAAAAGAAGAAACGCAUGGCUGGUGCCCAUCACAGGGACAAUUCGAAACCUUUUAAGAAAUCUUGUACCGACCCAGAGGAAAACAAGAUGGACAAAGACGAGUACCACAAGCGCGUGGCGGAACUUGCAAAGACAGCCAAGCCGACCAAAAUUUGCUCGCUCCAUGUUGGGAUAUGA